GAUACGGAACGAAUUAAAAACUAAAAAACCAAAACCUAUUAAAAUUAAUGAGAAUUAAUGUUUUUUACCUUGUUUUCAUCAUUCACCAAUUUCACCGAAAAAAUUCAGUUCAGUUCAUUCGCCAAUUCCAUAGACAUAUUUUGGUUUGACUUUUUCAUUUUGGCAUGAGCAUGAUUAUAUCAUUCAUUCAUUCAUUUACCGUCGAAUUUGAAAGGUGUAAAUUGUGUUGUGCGUCUGAAUCAUGGCAUUAUUUUUUUUGUUUUUAGGAUGAAAAUUGUAUUCAAAGUAAUUUUAUGACAAAAUGAAAAGCAAACUGAGUCAAAUUGAAAAUGUGAUUCAUUUUAGUUUAUGGAUAUUAGCUUGUUUUUACUCCCUGUACAAAUUACUUUGUGCUCAAACAGAAAUACUGGAGAGUAAGCCUGCUCCGCGUCAUGAAUUUAGAGACUUGGCGCCUGGGUGGCGAUUCUUGUCCAGGCUGAAAGAUGAGACUGAUGUUGAAUGGAGCACGUGGAAGUACCAUAUACAGACCCUAUGGCUUUAUUUGCUAUUUCAAUUUUUCAUAUCUGAGGCAAUACGAAGAUAUAAUGUACAUUUAUUGAAAUAUUGGUACAUUAUAUCUAGUAUAUUUUGUGUAACUAGAUAUAUGGGUAUCAGACAGUUGAUAGUAAUUUUUGCUCAGCCUGUUUUAUUCUCAGCAAUUGUGUUUUCUGGAGGUGGAAAAAUUAGUAUAUGGUCAACAAGUAUUUUUCUGUUAGCCUUGUACAACUCUUUGAAAUAUAAAUAUUUCUUUUGGCAUUUCUUGGAUACUGACCAUUUAAGAGAUGAAGAAGUGUUUGUACUUUUAUAUGGUAUAGCCUGGGUUGAAUUGAGAUGUAUAAGUUAUUGCCUCGAUUAUAUAGACAGAAAAGAGAAACAUUUACAAGCCCAGGAGAAUGGACAAUUAAAACAAGCAUCACUAUUUGAAGAAUUGAUUAACAUGUUUAGCUAUGUCUUGUACCUGCCAUUAUUAUUUGUCGGACCAUUAUUACUCUAUGAAGAAUUUGAAAAAAGUUUCCUUGUUAAAAGUGAAACACUGACCAUGAGGCUAAAAUCUUUUAUUCUGGAAAUGUUAAGGUUCCAGAUUUAUACUAUUCUGUUGGACCUUGCAUUUCAUUUUAUAUAUUUUUAUGCUAUGCAAAGUCAGAUUGAGGCUAUUCGUAAGAUGCCAUCAUUAGCACUCUGUGGUGGAGGGCUAUGGAUGGGGCUGGAGUUUCAUAUGAAAUAUGUUGUAUCUUAUGGAACCACAGCUGCAUAUUCCAGGCUUGACCAUAUUGACCCUCCACCUACUCCAAGAUGUAUAGUCAGAAUACAUGUUUACUCACAAAUGUGGAGAUACUUUGAUGUAGGCCUAUACAGGUUUUUAUUAAAGUACAUAUAUAAACCGGCUCUCGCCACAAUGUCAAGUAAUUUUCCAAGGCUCAAGAUCACAAACAAAUUACUUUCUUCUCUUGUUACAUUUAUGUUUAUUUUUUUGUGGCAUGGCAUUAUGUGGAAUAUAUUUUUAUGGUCAGCGUUAAACUAUGUGGGUAUUGUUAUAGAGUAUGCUGCUAAAGCAGCCUCUAAAACUGAAAGAUAUAGAGUAUUUAAAGAAAAUUACCUUAAAACAGAUGCGAUGGAAGUGCGAUUCCAAGCAUUUUUGUGUGCACCUCUGUUAGGUAUGUCUGCUAUAUCAAACUUCUAUUUAUUUGCUGGUGCUGAAGUUGGUAAUUUGUACUUUGAGCUACUCAAGUGGCCAUCAUUUUAUAAUGCUGUGUUAGUUUACACAUCUUUAUAUUGCUGUUGUCACGUUGCUAUUGCUUUGAGUGAUGUUCCUUCUAGAACUGAUGUUAAAAAAUUUAAAUGAAGACUGUAUUUUUAAUAUACUUAUUUUUUAUUAUAAUAUUGACUGAAUCCAAUGUUAUUAAUUAGUUAAACUCUGUUAAACCAAUGGAAUAUAAAUGACAUUUAUGUAUUUCUUUAUACAAAAGCACUUACAUAAAUCUAAAAGCAAAGAGUAGGUAAUAAUCAUUUUUAGAAACUAAAAUAUUUGCAUUGAAUUAGUCUGCAAGAUAUUGAAUUAUUUUUAUAUAAUUUCCUAUUGCAUAGGUAUUUUCUCAUCAGUUUUGAACAAGAACUUUAUUUGUAUGCUAUGUUGAUUACUACAAAACUAUUUUCCUGGUGACAAUAGUUAUAUGAUGUAAUUCAAAAUAAGAUUUUACAAGAAUUUCAAGUCUCAUGGACGAGUUUGUGUAAAUUAUGUUAAAAUUUUAUUUGAAUCGGUAAUCAAUUGCUUUAAGAUACUUUUUUUAGAUGUAUAUAAUAAAACUAUGGUUUUAUGUGCUUUGUGAAGAAAAAAAAUACUAUAGUACAAACUACAUUUAUGUAAAUUUUAUGAUACUUUUUCAUCACACCUUUUUAACUGUGAGUCAUAUUUGGCUGCAGUUUUUAUGAAAUAAAGUUCAUUUUUAAAUUG